CGGUGCGUGGGAGAGCCUAUGAUAUGACUCGGUAGCCAUUUACAACCAAUCCGCACCAGGCGGGGCUCACAGCCGGCCUAUGGGCGCGCGCCGGGGGUGGGCUGUCCCGGCCCCUUACCAGUCCCACCUGGGUUUGUUAAAGCGAUAGGCCCCACGGCGCGCUAGGGCUCCACCGGGCACCGCACAGCGGCUGCGGGGCCCUCGGCGUGCCGCGGGCGCCCGUGACAGCGGCGCCGCUCUGCUCGCCACGCCGGCUCCGGACAGCUGCCGACCUCCCCGGCGCGGCCGCAUCGCCCGGCGGGAUGGGCGGCGAGGCAGGGUCCGCGGCGGCCGUGGGCUCCGAGGGCCGCGUGAAGAGCCUGGGUCUGGUGUUCGAGGAUGAGCGCAAGGGCUGCUACUCGAGCGGCGAGACGGUGGCGGGACACGUGCUGCUGGAGGCGGCCGAGCCGGUGGCCCUGCGGGCGCUGCGCCUGGAGGCCCACGGCCGAGCCACCGCCGCCUGGGGCCCGAGCCCCGGCGCCGCCGCCCCCGCCGCCGCGUCGGAGGUGGAGUACCUGAACGUGCGCCUGAGCCUGCGCGAGCCCCCGGCCGGUGAAGGCAUCCUCUUAUUACAGCCUGGAAAACAUGAAUUUCCAUUUAGCUUUCAGCUUCCAUCUGAACCUUUAGUAACCUCAUUCAGCGGGAAAUACGGAAGUAUUCAGUACUGCGUGAGAGCAGUUUUGGAACGACCCAAGAUACCUGAUCAGAGUGUGAAGCGGGAACUUCAGGUUAUUAGUCACAUCGAUGUUAACACACCAGCAUUAUUAACCCCUGUAUUGAAAACUCAAGAGAAAAUGGUUGGCUGUUGGUUUUUCACUUCUGGUCCAGUCUCGCUGAGUGCCAAAAUUGAAAGGAAGGGAUACUGUAAUGGAGAAGCUAUUCCAAUCUAUGCAGAGAUAGAGAAUUGUUCCUCCCGCCUCAUCGUUCCCAAAGCUGCCAUUUUCCAAACGCAGACGUAUUUGGCCAGCGGGAAGACAAAGACCGUCCGGCACAUGGUCGCCAAUGUGCGAGGAAACCACAUCGCCUCUGGGGGCACUGACACAUGGCACGGGAAGACUCUAAAAAUUCCGCCUGUUACUCCGUCCAUCCUGGAUUGCUGCAUUAUCAGAGUAGACUAUUCCUUAGCUGUGUAUAUUCACAUUCCUGGUGCUAAAAAACUGAUGCUCGAGCUGCCCUUAGUGAUUGGCACAAUCCCAUAUAACGGUUUUGGGAGCAGAAACUCCAGCACCGCCAGCCGGUUCAGCAUGGACAUGAGCUGGCUGACGCUGACGCUGCCAGAGCAGCCGGAAGCGCCACCCAAUUAUGCAGACGUGGUGUCCGAGGAAGAAUUCUCUCGACACGUCCCUCCUUACCCUCAGCCCCCUGACUGUGAGGGAGAAGCAUGCUGCCCUAUGUUUGCCUGCGUACAGCAAUUCCGCUUCCAGCCUCCCCCUCUCUAUUCAGAGGUUGAUCCUCACCCUGCUGAUGUAGAAGAGACCCAGCCUGUGUCCUUCAUUCUCUGAAAAAAAUCCCAGAAAUCACUGUGUUCAUCAUCCGAUUAGAAUGUUGGUUCUUCCCCCCGCUGCCUUUAUGGAAAGAGGGAGAGAAGAUUAGGGGAAGGACAUACACGAACAUCAAGAUUGAAGGUGAUAGAAAUUGAAGGAUGCAUAACUUUCCAGUGGGCUGACAAGAAUGCAUUGCACAAAUGUAUGAUAGGGUCAUGUGUCCCCUUUAAAUGAUCCAAUGAAGAUGUGACAAGUCACAGAACGUAAUGGAAGUCCUGGUGGUGAGAGAGUAAGUGAAGGGUGUCUGCGCUUGACCCAAGAGAACAGAAUCCAUGUGCGUGGUGGAAACACUAGACGAACAUACCUUUAAACAGGUUUCUCCAGGUGGAACAGAAGUUACCCUAAGCUUUAAGGAAAUAUGGACUCGUUGGGAGCCUUGAUCUUGAAGAAGGUAGCAGCACAGAGGUGUGUAUAAAUAGGAAAAAGGUCCACUCUAAAUAUGAAGUGACCCUCAACACUUCGGGGUCUUCAUGAUUUCUCCCCAGGUCCCAUAGAACUGAAGUUCUUGAGAGAAUCUUUUUAUGAGGUCCUAAUGAAGGAAUAUAGUUUCAUAUUGUAAAUCGGCUGUACAGUAUUAUGAAACCAAGAAAGAGUUCCUUGCAAGGCAUGUCCGUUCAGAGGGGAAAGAUGAAUUUCAGUUUGAGAACACAUUUUGUGGAAGGCUGUACUUUUUACCCCCUUCAAGUACUCUGUUAGGGUAUGUGUUUGAUUUUUCCCAUGUCUUAUUUACCUAAGAUCAUAGUAGAAAAAGAAAGGGGGGAAAAAAAGGUUGCAUCCUCAGGAUACCUCGAUAACUACACAGAAAAAAACCAAAACAACAAAAGCCUCUCUUAACCUACCUCUAGUGGGGUUAUCAGAAUCCUUUUAAAACACCAGGCAUGAUAAGCCUUCCGUGGAGUUCCUGCUAAUUGGCAGCCCCAAUCUUAUCUCGCCGAUCGCUAAAUCCGCAGGUGGACCGAGGGAAAAAUCUAUAAGGUUAGCAUUAGAUGAAAGUUAAUAGAUGUAUACCAAA